AUGUUUAGCCUAGGUAUUACCGAAAAGAUCCUUCUCGAAGUCAUGAAGCAAGUGGAUAAGAAUAGCAACAACAAAGACAGCGAAAAUCCGGGUUCUUCCAAAGAGCAUUCGACAGGCGAUCACAGUUCACCGAAUGAGACAGAGGACGUGGGACAUGGUGGUAUUGAAGCGGACAUGGAUGGAGAGGAUGAAGACGAAUUUUUUGAUAUUUAUGAAUUUCUCCAGGGUUUGAGCAAAGACGGUCUAUAUGAGCACCGACAGAAGCUUUUCAAGAAGGGAUUUCAUGCUUUAUUUAUUAGUUAG